AUGGGAACUUCUCUCUCUCACUUGUUCUCAUUCUUGAUAUUCUUCGUUGUGGUCACGGCAUUUCCACGCCAGACUGCUGUCAACGAAGUGGCUGUUCCGACUUCUAUCGUGACAGAGAUUGCUGCCAUGCCUGAUAUCACUCCCGCCCCGAGACUGCGCUGCUCCCAUGGCUCUACCAUUCUCUAUACCACCGACUGCACCAUGGGCACGCCAGUCUCCUACUGCCAUAGCCCCGAGGCUCCGAUCCAGUGCCGAGCAGGCUUCUUCCCCUCGGUCUGGCACCCGGAUCACUGUCUCGAGCGAUCCACCUGUUUCCCGCUCAAUGCAGCGUGGAUCACGACCGAGUGCACCAAUGGCGCUGUCCCGUAUACGACCACGACUCUUUAUGAGGGGACAUUGGCCGGAGGAUCGUCGACUGUGAUCAGUGCCGUCUCCUGCUCCUGCGCCAUGGAUCAGUGGUAUAGCAUGACACUUCUAGCGGGCUCGAAAAAUGUUGACACUUUCUGCAUGCCCUACCGCUCGUGUCCGCCAGGCAUGACGACGUCAGUCCACACGAACGGGUACUGUGCCACUGCGCCCUCGGGCGUGUGCUCGGACGUUGCGGCCGAGACCGAUUAUUGUCAGUGUGCGAAUCCAACGCAAAUGCCUGUCUAUCCCAAUCAGCCUGGGGCACCUGCGAUAGGAUGUGAAUGA